GAAAACUAUAUAAACUACAUAGAAAGCGAAAUCAUAUUUAUUGCUUUGUGGUUUCGUUGGUGAUAUAGCGUUUACUUCAUCAACCAUGAGUUUGACGAUGCGACUGGUGGCAGUAUUCGCUUUCCUAGCCCUUGUGAAUGCUUCUCCUCUGACAACAUUUGGCAAACUCCCACCACGUAAGGAAGAACUGGAAGAAGAAUACAUUUUACCAGCUGUACAAUCAUCAGACACCACGGACUCGUACCAGAUUCACCAACCUCAAGUACCUCUCGACCUACAGCUUCCCAAUGUCGAGCGUAACCCAGUACCAUUCAAUAUUCCUGAGCCUGUAUCUUAUUUAAGAGUACCACAAGAGAGCCAGGAACCCAACUACUACGAAGUACCGAUUCCCAAUCAAGAUCUGGUAGCUCCUGUUGCGACAGAAUGGAACCCCGACAAUGACCCCAAGUACUACUACGAAGUACCAGUGGUUCUAACCAGACAAGAACUUCCUACCAAGCAGUACCCGAAAAAGUUUAUCGAAGACAUCCACCUGAAAAAAAAGCCCUACUCCACCAAGCCAAAACAAGAGUUAGUUCUGCAGCCUAUCGAUGAAAAACUGUAUGAGCAGAGGCAGAACGAUUUGCAGAAGAGGUUCGAGUCAAUAGCGAAGAAUGAGAAUAAGAAAGUCAUCAAGAUGCUGAGACCUAGAAAGAAAGCAGUUGAACAGCAAGCAGCUGCUAGUGAAUUUUCAGAUCAGCAUAAGGAUGAGUCGUUCGACCAAGGUCUGAGCAGUGACAUAAUUGCUUCCUUGGGCAUUCCUGUUGCUUCUCAAGGGGCUUCUUCUCCCGGUGAAAGAAUCGAAUUUCAUAUGGUGGGACAUGAGGGCCCUCUCUCUUAUAAGUGGGGCUUUGAUACUGGCAAAGGACGCAACAGGCAGUUCAGGUUUGAGGAAAGAGAUAAAGAGGGGAUUGUUAAAGGCCAUUACGGUUUCUACGAUAAGCAAGGAAAACUGCAAAUUGUUAAUUACGACGCCCAUCCCCAUGAUGGGUUCCAUGUGGAGAGCAACCCCAAAAAUUCGUGAAAAAAUGAAGUAACCUUUUAGAAGUAUAUUGUUAUAGAAAUCAAAUGCUCAAGUAGUUUUGUUUUUGUACUCAAAUUCAAUGUUAUACAUUGGCUUAAGCUUCGUAUGUUAUUAUAAUAUGUUUUGUUAUUCGUUUCAAGUUUGUGAUUGUUGUUUUCCUAUACAAUAUAUGUGUUUGUCUGAU